AUGCAAGACAGGCUGCACUUGGUGUUCGCAUCUCUGAUCGGGCAAACAGUUCGAGUUCAAGAUUCUGAUAAUCAGUGGUACGAGGGCCUCUUCCAUGAGUGCAGUAAGAACACCAAGGCUGGGAUGGAGAUUGUCCUGCAAGCAGCGUACAACAUCAGCAAGAACGAGAAGGGCAUGGUUAAGCCGAUUGAAAAACUCACAAUCAACUGUGAAAACUUUGUGCAAAUGUUUGCAAAGGAUGUAGAGCUCUGUAAAGAGAAGAAGACCGGCAAUGCUCGUGGAUUUGCUACUGACACAGAGAUCUCCUCCGGUUCAUCCGUUGCUUCAAAGGAGCUUGAAAAGUUUCAAUUCGACGAGAAGAAUGAGUUUGCGACCAUCCAACUCGAUUCGAACUCACAGGAUUGGGAUCAAUUCGAGCAAAACAGGCAAAAGUUUGGUGUCACGAGCAACUAUCACGAAGACUUGUACACCACUAAGUUGGACAAGUCGAAGCUGACCCUCGAGCAGCAACGAGCUGCUGAGCGCAUUGCAGCUGAGAUCGAAGGAGACCAACAAACACAGCGAAAGAUCUUCGGACGUGUGCGAAAUGCCGACGAGGCGGAGGCUGCUGGCGAUGAUGAAGGGGAUGAGUGGGCUAGUGAUGUUAGAAAUGUUGAUGGAACAGUCCGUGGAUCCUACCACAAAGCACAAGCUGCUCCUCCUGCAAAUCCCAACGUGUACAAGCCUCCUCGUGGAAAUGCCUGGGGCCAAAGCAAUACGCUCGCAGACAAGCUCAAGAACGAAAAGAAAAUUGCUGACCUCAAAGCUAAUGACCCUGCCAUCUUGUCCACGACCUUGAUGCCAAGCUCUGCGACCAUCAUGUCUGAGCCCAAGAGCGACCAAAAGCCUCAGGAGAGCAAAGGAGAUGGCAAACCCAAAGACGGCGAACCUCAGAACGCUCCGACAGACAAGGACAAGGAGCACUACUCGACACAGCAGAACAAGCUUCAGCAAGUGAAGAUGGAGCGACAAGAACAGAUGCCUGGUGCCAAACCGGCCAAUCGCGCCUUGAAACCUCCUGGGUCUCAAGGAGCUGCCGAGCCAGGAAAGCCCAACGACGAUGAAGGCCAACUAAAGGCUCUCAACCCCGAGAGCUCGGAAAACAAGGACGGGAAGGUCGCUGGCUCCACUAUCCCAGUCAAAGAGCAGGGCGACAGCACUGCAGAAGCGCCGAAGAAGAAGCUGCUCAACGUCGACGCCAAGGAGUUCGUGCCUUCUUUCUCAGCCCCUCAAGACAUGUCCGGCUCCUUCGGCCCUGCUGGAGGCUUCGUGCCGAGCCCGCAGCAGGGCGGGAUGCAGCACGGGAUGGUGGAUGAUGCGGGCGGGCCACCCUUCUUCGUGCUGGGGAACCCCCAGUACAUGCGGAUGGCUCCCAUGCCGAUGCAGCACAUGGGCCACGUCCCGAUGCACAUGAACCCGCAGCAGCAGAAUAUGAACAUGGGGAGGGAGGGCAUGCAGCCGGGAGGACGGGGAGUCCACGUUCCCAGGAACAACAUGCCCAACGACUACGGCGGGCAGGAUCCAGGAUGA